AUGGCAUCAAAAAGGCACACCAAGAGUCAAUCGGCAUACGCAUUUGACAAUACAGCAACGAAUGUUGCUGCAUCACAGAUGCGUAAUGCGUUGAAUAAUUUAGCAGACACAGUUGAGAAUUUUGAAGAAAAGCACCGAUUUGAAAAUGAAAUGGACAACUUUUUCUCCUUGUUUAGACGAUACUUGACUGAAAAGGCCUCGGGUACUACUUUGGAGUGGGAUAAAAUCAGAUCACCUUCGGCAGAUGAGGUUGUUGCUUAUAAUAAAUUAGAGGAUGCCUCACCCGAUUUGACGAAAUUGGCUGUUUUGAAAUUGAAUGGUGGAUUGGGUACUUCUAUGGGAUGUGUUGGUCCCAAAUCAGUGAUUGAAGUUAGAGACGGCAAUACCUUUUUAGAUUUGUCUGUGAGACAAAUUGAGCACUUGAACAGAAAAUACGAUGCUGACGUUCCUUUGUUGUUGAUGAACUCGUUCAAUACCGAUGCCGAUACUGCCAAGAUUAUCAAAAAGUAUCAAGGACACAGAAUCAGAGUCAAGACUUUUAACCAAUCGAGAUUUCCAAGAAUCUACAAGGACUCGUUAUUGCCGGUCCCGGAGUCAUAUGACGAUUCUCUUGAAAGUUGGUACCCUCCGGGACACGGAGACUUGUUUGAAGCUUUGGUUCAAUCAGGCGAGCUUGAUGCAUUGUUGGAGCAAGGCAGAGAAAUUUUGUUUGUUUCCAAUGGUGACAACUUGGGGGCCACAGUAGACACAAAGAUCUUAUCGCAUAUGUUAGAGACAGGUGCUGAAUAUAUUAUGGAGUUGACCGAUAAGACUAGAGCUGAUGUUAAGGGAGGUACAUUGAUCAAUUACCAAGGAGAGGUUAGAUUAUUGGAGAUUGCACAGGUUCCAAAAGAGCACGUUGAGGAUUUCAAGAGCAUUAAAAAAUUCAAAUACUUUAACACCAAUAACUUGUGGAUAAACUUGAGAGCUAUCAAGAGACUAGUUGAAGCUAAUGCAAUUGAAGCGGAAAUCAUUCCUAACCAAAAGAUUAUUGGCAAUGAUGUCAAUGUUUUGCAAUUAGAAACAGCCGUUGGUGCGGCCAUCAGACACUUUAAAGGCGCCCAUGGUGUUGUUGUACCUAGAUCGAGAUUCCUUCCAGUUAAGACUUGUUCGGAUUUGCUAUUAGUCAAAUCCGAUUUAUUUUACUUGGAACACGGUACAUUGAAAUUAGAUCCUACUAGAGAUGGCUUUUCAAACCCAUUGAUCAAAUUGGGUUCUCAUUUUAAGAAAGUAAGCGGCUUCCAAUCAAGAAUCCCUCACAUGCCAAAAAUCUUGGAAUUGGAUCACUUGACGAUUACAGGUAAUGUUAGUAUUGGCAAAGGCGUUCAAUUAAGAGGUACCGUGAUUAUCGUAUGUAAUGACGGAGACAAGAUUGAUAUCCCCAAUGGGUCAAUUUUGGAAAAUGUUGUGGUUACUGGUAACUUAACCUUGUUAGAACAUUAA